AUGGACAGCAAGCACCAUAUUCUCCGGAGUUUUGAUGCCUUUCCAAAGGUGCCGCCAUCAAACCAAGUCAGAACCACCAGGGGAUCAAUUAGCUCAAUCUUCACGUAUGUGUUCUUGUUCUUCCUGAUAUGGGUCGAAAUAGGUGGAUACAUAGAUGGUUUUAUCGAUUACCAGUUUAGUGUCGAUGAUGUUAUACGAACAAACCUUUUCCUCAACAUGGACAUCACUGUUGCCUCACCAUGUAAAUCUUUACAAGUCGAUGUGAGGGAUUCCACUGCUGACAGAAUGUUGGCCGAGGAAAAGCUCAACUUCCAAGGUCUUCCUAAUGCAAUGCCUUGGGAAAUGUAUCAAAAAACGAAGGAGGUGGUUUCACCGAAGUUGGAAGACAUCCUAGCCAACUCUCUUGGUGCAAAGUUUGUGAUUGAGGGCCAAAGGCAGAAUGAUGACUUGCCAUAUUGCCGGAUCUUUGGAACUUUGCCUGUUAAUAGAGUUAGAGGAUCUCUCUAUAUAACUGGAAAAGGUUUCGGGUCCACUUUUCUCCGGUCUCAGCCGCAAACCUUGAAUUUCACGCAUCAAAUUACAGAAUUCUCGUUUGGUGACUUCUAUCCAUUCUUCGAUAAUCCACUGGAUAUGACCUACCAGGUUACAGAAGAGAACGCACAUACAUUCCAGUACAAGUUAAGUGUUAUCCCUACUCAAUAUGAGAAGUUAGGUGUAGACAUUGACACAACUCAGUACGCAAUGUCUUUGUAUGAGUCCUCGCGGAAGUAUGUGUCUGGAAUUUUUGUCCAAUACGAUUUCGAGCCAAUCAAGAUGAUUGUUGCUGAAAGAAGGCUUUCAUUCUGGCACUUCCUCAUAAAGCUGGUCACCAUUAUAGGUGGAAUCUGGAUUGUUUGCAAGUGGUGUUACAGAGUUUUAGAGAAACUACUUUCAAUAGCUCUCGGCAAGGAUGUUUUGAGAAGGGGAGAGGAAAAGAAGGAGGGAGGUCUUCUUGAUUCCUUGGAUGAAGAGACAUUUGAAAAGAUAUGA